GUAAGCAGGGGCGGGGCUUGAUGACGUCGGCCGCGGUUGCACUGUAGCUAAUGUGAAUGCAGACGGAGCAGCUGAGGAUGGAGCAGAGAGGGAGAAUCGCCGCCGCUGUCUCACAUCGCGCUCAGACACCUCCGAAAUAUCCCUUCUACAUCUAAAGGACCGGCAUUUCAUUUACACCCAGACUGCGGCUUCUGUUUCUUUCUCUUUUUCCAUUAAUUUCUCAGCUGACAUCAGCGCACCAGCCCACUUCACCCAUCUGUCUGUCAACACGCCGGCUUCGACUAUCUGUCAGCGGGAAAAGCAAAGAAAACCCCGUUGAAAGACACUCAGCAAAAUACAGUUUCAGCCGGACACACCUUCCGCCGGACUGCCCUGUCACUGCUGCAAUCAAUAUGGAUGAAGACAAUCACGUUCCUGAGGAUCUGUCCCUAGAGGAGAGGGAUGAGCUGUCAAACAUCCGACGCAGGAAGAGAGAGCUGCUCGAUGAUAUUGAGAGGUUGAAGUUUGAGAUAGCAGAGGUCAUGACGGAGAUCGAGCAGCUGACGUGUGUUGGAGAAAGUAAAACAUCCCAGAGAAACAAACAGAUCGCCAUGGGAAGGAAGAAAUUCAACAUGGAUCCGAAGAAGGGAAUCCAGUUCCUGCUGGAGAACGACCUCCUUCAGCACACUCCCGAAGACAUCGCUCAGUUCCUCUACAAAGGCGAGGGCCUCAACAAGACCGUCAUUGGAGACUACUUGGGCGAGAGGGAUGACUUCAACAUCAAGGUGCUGCAGGCUUUUGUGGAGCUGCAUGAGUUUGCAGACCUCAACCUAGUCCAAGCACUACGGCAGUUCCUGUGGAGUUUCCGUUUGCCAGGUGAAGCCCAGAAGAUCGACCGUAUGAUGGAGGCAUUUGCCUCACGUUACUGCCAGUGCAACCCCGGGGUCUUCCAGUCGACAGAUACCUGCUAUGUGCUGUCAUUUGCUAUCAUCAUGCUGAACACCAGCCUACAUAACCCUAACGUCAGAGACAAGCCCCCUGUGGAGCGCUUUAUCUCCAUGAACAGAGGCAUUAAUGAAGGAGGAGAUCUGCCAGAGGAGCUUCUCAGGAACCUUUAUGACAGCAUCAAAAACGAGCCCUUCAAAAUCCCAGAGGAUGAUGGGAAUGAUCUGACGCACACAUUCUUCAACCCAGACAGAGAAGGCUGGCUCUUAAAGCUCGGCGGCAGGGUGAAGACGUGGAAGAGACGGUGGUUCAUUCUGACCGACAACUGCCUCUAUUACUUUGAAUACACAACAGAUAAAGAGCCUCGUGGGAUUAUUCCUCUUGAGAACCUCAGUAUCAGAGAGGUGGACGAGCCCAGGAAACCUAACUGUUUCGAGCUCUACAACCCCAACCACAAAGGUCAGGUGAUCAAGGCGUGCAAGACAGAGGCAGAUGGGCGGGUCGUCGAGGGCAACCACGUAGUGUACAGGAUAUCGGCCCCCACGCCGGAGGAGAAAGAGGAGUGGAUCAAAUCCAUCAAAGCAAGCAUCAGCAGGGAUCCUUUCUACGACAUGCUGGCCACCAGGAAGCGGAGGAUAGCCAAUAAGAAAUGAUGACCGUCCACCUUCAACGCCACCAUGUCUGUGACCAGCAGAGUCCUUGUGUGUGUAUGUGUAUGUUACGGGGGUCAUGAAGGCUUCCCAUUUGUUCUUUCAGGGUUGGAGGACAAACAGCAGACAGGUGGGAGUUUUUUGGACUGAAAUGGAUCAAGUUUAUUUCCACCUGAAGAUUGUCUGCACCUCAGCUCUUGGUUGAUGUGAAGGUUUUAUUAUAUCCGGCACAGACUUUGUGCACUGAUGUGCUAUUUGGGUGAGACUUUAUGGAGAAGAGAGAACUGUGUGCAAAAUCUUUACCAAGCUGGAUGAUAGCGAAUGGACAAAAAGGAUGAGGACUACAGUUGUCUGGAGGAACAGCCAUGACUGGAAUCAGUGUGUGGCUGUGAUGAGAUUGCCCUCUGCUGGUCACGUAAGGAAUCUACUGUGCUGCACAUGCAGUGUGAGGAUUUGAAACCUCAAUAUCCACCCUCAUUCCUUUCAUCCAGACCGGCUCGCCUGGUUGGUUGUUUGCUGUCUGCCAGCAAGACGCCCAGAUGCCAGUCAACAUUUUAUUAUCUUCACCUCACACGCCCUUCGACAACUGCCAACACCAACAAUUUUUUGUAGUAUCCAGUAACUACAGAAAGCCUCAAGCUUAUACAUCAGCUGGUCUGAUUGUUAUCCCUCAAGUGACUGUAUCUGUAUAUGCAAACACAUGAUAUUCUAGACAAUGAAAUUUAAGUUCAUAUACUUUUUCAUUUACAGUAUGCUUCCUUAUUUCCUGUUUGAAGGCAAAGAAAUUGAUGCAGGUUGAGGAAUAAUACUUAACAUAUGUUGAGUGUAAUGACCCUUUUAAGUGGCCAUGGUUUCAUUUUAUGUAUUGAAGAUCCACCUCUGUGAUGAAGUUCAUUUCUUUAGUAUUUAUUUUCUUGAUUUGUUUAACAAGAGGCAGCCCCCGAUUUACAUUAUGCAUGUAUAGUAUAUAAUGUACAUACUGUUUUGUUUUUUUCUUUGUUGUGUUUAUGUAGCGUGUAAAUCAUAAUGGCCGUAGCCUAUACCCGUUCACCUUUUUAGUUUAACCGCUAACAGUUUACAAUAGUGGAAGAGGGACUUUGUGCAGCUCUUUGCAGAGCAGUGAAACCACCUCACACUGUUAUUACUGAAGAUCAGAUAAUACAUGAUGUUAUAUGAAAGAAAAACUCACUAUGCUGAGUUAGACAGUAGAGUAUAGGACACAAACGGGUUCAAAAUACCCUUGAAUACCAUGUGAAUGCUGACUGGAAUCUGAGGACUGUUUUCCCCAAACAGAUCAAGCCAACUCGCAGCCUGAUCUUUCAUUAGUAGAUGGAGUUUAAACAUGACUUGUUUGGGAAAACUGCUCCUGAAUACUUUGAAGACUGAGAUUGAAUAAAAAUACAUGCUGAUCAGAAAA